GUGCUCCACGGGGACACUCACAGCCACAGCAGGACAAGGUCCCCAUGGAAGCUGGCCGCCCUCUGUCACCCAAUUCACAGAGGGGAACGUCGAGGCCCAGUGGGGGACCGUGGGGGCCUGGUCCUGGGUGUGGGUGACCAGGCCGUCCUGAGCGGGUCCCCUGUGCCCACAGAGCCCGCCUGCCCUGAUGGCUGCCUGGGGCGUCCUUGUCCUGUGCUGGGCCCUGGCUGAGGCCACGCCCGACUGCCCUGUCCCCUGCGCCUGCCGCAGCCUGCCCUCCAUGGGGCUGUCCGUGGACUGCGGGUCCCGGGGCCUGUGGACGCUGCCCGCCCUGCCCGCCCGCACCCGCCGCCUGCUGCUGUCCAACAACAGCCUGAGGACAGUGUCCCCGGGGGCCCUGGACCACCUGCCCCAGCUGCACACCCUGGAGGUGGCCGGCAACCCCUGGCACUGCGACUGCCACCUCACCUACCUGCGCCUCUGGCUGGAGGACCGCCUGCCCGAGGCCCUGGAGGAGCUGCGCUGCGCCAGCCCCGACCCGGCCACCGGCCGUCCCCUGGGCCACCUGACCGGCUUCCAACUGGGCAACUGCGGUUGGGACAUCCAGGACACCGGGGUCUACCCCGGGGUCUGGUGGGACGUGGCCCUGGGGGCCGUGGCCAUCCUGGGCCUGGUGCUCCUGGCUCGGCUGCUGUGCGUCUUCACGGAGCCCUGGCCCUAAAGUCCCCUGCAGACCAGGAGGCCAGGAGGCCGGGAGGCCGGGAGGCCGGGAGGCUGGGAGGCCUCAUCACCCCACAAUAAACUCGCUGCUGGGCCCGUUUCUGUCGA